AUCCUCUUCAUCACCAUGGUGUCCUUGGGUUGCACCAUGGAAAUUCCCAAGAUCAAGACCUACAUGCUGAAGCCCAGGGAAGUGCUCCUUGCUGUGUUGAUGCAGUAUGGCAUUAUGCCUCUCACGGCCUUCCUUAUGGCCAAGGUCUUCCAGCUCAGCCCUUUGGAGGCUGUGACUGUGCUGAUCUGUGGCUGCUCUCCAGGUGGAAACCUGUCCAACGUCCUGGCCUUGGCUUUUCAAGGUGAUAUGAACCUCAGCAUUGUGAUGACCACCUGCUCAACCGUACUGGCCCUGGGCAUGAUGCCACUACUCCUGUACCUGUACUGCAAAGGGAUCCCAAAUAUACAGAAUGCUGUGCCCUUCUUGGGUAUCUUCAUUGCCCUGCUCAUGACACUUCUGCCAUGCGCCAUUGGCAUAGUCAUUAACCACAGAUUUCCUCGCUUCUCACAUAUCAUCACAAAGAUGGGAAUGGGCAUCCUGCUGGUCUCUGCAGUGAUAAUCGCCAUCCUCAUUGGCAUGACAAUCGGAAGCGAGAUAAUGCUAAUAAUGACGCCCCCGCUGAUAGCCACAGCGUCUUUGAUGCCUCUCACUGGAUAUGUUCUCGGCUACCUGCUGUCUACAGCCUUCAGGUUCAGUGGCCCAUGCAGAAGAACAGUUUCUAUGGAAACUGGCUGUCAGAAUAUCCAGCUUUGUGCCACCAUCCUGAAGGUCGCAUUUUCCCCAGACACCAUUGGCCGUCUCUACCUCUUCCCGUUCCUCUACUUCCUCUUUCAGGCUGGAGAGCCUCUGCUUCUUGCUGUCCUCCUCAGGUGUUACCAGAAACUUUCCGUCCCAGCGGAUGCUGUGAAGCCAGAAGAGAAGCAUGAGUACCUGUCUGUGGACAAUAAAAUACCGGAGGAGAAGGGACCAAAGAUCUAA